ACUCAGAUGAUCUCUUCUAUCCUUACUCCAUGUUUUCCCCCAUUGUUUUCAAUACAGGAAGUCUCACUGACACACACACACACUCUCUCUCGUUGAGGUCAUGGGGUAGGAAAGGUAAAUCUAUAUAAAUCAUUAUAAAUAUUCAACUAAAACUAGGAUUACUGGGCUGCUGUGGUGAACCCAAUCUGAACUAAAAUUCUCUGUUUUCGCCAUCUGUCUUUUAGUAGCAUUCAUUAAAAGCAGUUGGGAGGUAGAGCCUAUACGAGGCUAUACUCAGCCCCACACCUAAAUGCCACAAAUACGAAGGACUGGAUAGGUGAGCUAAGUGGUAAUAGGAUACAGAUCAUUUGGCCUAUAGUAAGCUCACUACUUCCAGUUGAUGCCAGCCUGGUGGUAACUUGAAAGUUAUAAUCUAAUGUGGGGAAACUUCCUUUAUUCAGAGAAUCGUUCUGGGAACUGACAGAGGAUUCAGCUUCAAGGGCUACACUUUUGGUUUUCUUUGGAAAAAGAACACUGCUUAUGAAGAACAGUAAUUAAAAAGGCUCACAUGGGGCUGCGCGCGAGUCACAGGCCACAGCUCGUUGAACUCGCUGGCUGCCGCUGCGCCUCCACUGAGCCUCCCAAGCACUGCGAAGUGCGGGAUCUGGGCUUGGGCCCUAUUGGCACCGCGACUGGGGGAAGGCAGGAACAGCGGGGCCACGUUACCUCGCUAAGCAGAGCUUCCUCCCCUCCCCCGUACUAAGCCUACGCCGGGGCCGCUGCGCACGGGGACGCACGUUCCGCGCUCACCGGCUAUUCGCGACUAGAUGUCACUUAACUUGGAUACUGAAGAUGACUUCUAUCUGGAAGAAAAUAGAUUCAAGCAGUGUUGUGCAGAGUUCAUUAAACAUUCACAGCAAAUAGGAGAUGGUUGGGAGUGGAAAAGUAUAAAGGACUUUCCUGAUGGUUAUAUGAGUAAAACACACUUCCAAAUGAAAAAUGGAAAUACCCCAUCAAUUUUCAAGGACAGCACUAAGGAAAGUGAUGAGCAAACAUUCACACAUGUUGAGGAAGCCCUGGAUGAUUCUCAAGCAUCUGAAAUCUGUGCACCAUCAGAAGUGAUUCGUUAUGAGUAUCAUGUCUUGUAUUCCAGCAGCUACCAAGUACCUGUGCUUUACUUUAGGGCAUGCUUUUUAGAUGGAAGACCUUUAACUCUGGAUGAAAUUUGGGAAGGCGUUCAUGAAUGCUACCGGGCUCGUCUACUGGAGGGGCCCUGGGACACCAUUACACAACAGGAACACCCAUUACUUGGUCAACCAUUCUUUGUCCUUCAUCCCUGCCGGACUAAUGAAUUCAUGGCUCCAGUAAUGGCUAAUUCACAAAGAGAAAACAGGAAUAUAAACUACGUUACAUCAUGGCUGAGUAUUGUAGGCCCAGUUGUGGGGCUAAAUCUACCUCUGAGUUAUGCAAAACUAGUGUCUGAACAGAAUACAAAAACGGAUUAAAUCAAAAGGGCCCCAAGUUGAAGCACAGGUAUUAGUGAAUUGUAAAGCCACUGCAGCCUUGUCUGCAACGGAUCUGACACAAACUGCGCCGUUCCCACACAGUCAGUAAAGCUUGCCGUUCAGGGCUUUUCCCCCUGGCAGCAACAUGCUUGAUGACAGCUGAACACCUAAGAGCUGGCUGCAAUUAGUGACUCCUCAUGUUCCACCCGAACACAAGCUCCAUUCCAUGUGACAGCACUGACUCUCUAGGAUUCCCUUACUCAUCUCCUACCUUAGAUUCUCCCUCCUUUUUUCCUUGGGUUUGGUCUUUAUUGAGACGAUAUCAGAACACCUAUAAAAGGCUGAAUUUUCUGGCAUGGGAAUGAAACAAUGGAUUUAAUUCUACUCUGAAAGAUAUCAGACAGCACCACUGUAUAUUUAGAGAAGUAUGCUAUCAGUCUGCAGACAUCCACAAUGAUGCAGUUAUAUAUGUGAACAUGGGCUUGAUUCCAUUUUAGGGUUAGUAUGUAACCUGGAGAGGAUAGCGACACUUAAUUGCCAAAACUCUGAUUGUCAGAUUCCUCAGGGUAUAUUGGAGAAUGUAUUGUAUAUGUAUUGCUUAACUGAACAAAUGGGUCAGAAUUGUAGAUGAAUAGUACUAAUAGUCUAUGUAUUGGUUAAAAUUAUACAAUUCUACAAUUCAGGGUGUCUCGGUACAAUCAUGUGAGCAUGCUGCUUCUUCCUUCUUCACUACUUCUAAAGGAUUUUGUCACCAAGGGAAGGUACAGUUGUAGUAAAUUAGCAUUUCUGGUUGAGCUGGUAGUUAUUCAUGAGUAAAGGCCUGAUCCUGCAGUCCUUACUCAAGCUAAACUCCCACUCAUAUCAAUGGAGUUUUGAGUGAUUAGAGAUUGCAUAAUAGGGCCCCAAGAUCAGCAAAAAACAGGCUAGAAAUAACUUUAGUAUGACGGUCAGUUUUGAUUCCUUCUGAAUCACGUUUUGUUCCGAGUGUUCUGAAUUUAUUUUGUACAGGUAUUCAGUAGAUAAGAAUUACAGAUUUUGCCUUUAUGUGUUCAGUGAAGAUGACGCUUACGUGGGAAGUCAAAUAUUAGAAUAUGUUGGAUCAAAACUGCAAAUGUAAAAUUUAUGGGAUUUAAAAAUCUGUGUUCUCAGAAGUUUUAUUAUCUUCCUGUUAUUAACUUAGUUGCAUUAUGUGUGUUUGUGAUGUGAAACAUAAUACAAUCCUUAAAAUGCUAUUGACAAAGUGAAAUUCUUUUGCCAAGCCAUUUCAUUUGGAAUUCAUAGUAAAUGAUACUAAAACACA